CGACUAGACAAAUGCUGACUCAGCUUGAACUCACGGAGUUGCGGAGCCAUUUGGAUUACCUACUAGAGAAGGGGUUCAUUCGACCCAGCACGUCCCCGUUCGCAGCGCCCAUUCUGUUCAUGCCCAAAAAAGACGGAGGGCUACGAAUGUGCAUUGAUUACCGGGCGCUGAAUCGGCAAACCAUCAAAUCUCACUACCCAAUCCCACGCACGGACGAUCUCCUCGACCAACUUCGCGGGGCUCGAUUCUUCAGCAAGAUUGACCUGCGAGGCAGUUACCAUCAAAUCCGCGUUUUCGCUAACGACUGCCAUAAGACGGCGUACCGGACCCGCUACGGCAGCUGCGAGUAUACGGUGAUGCCUUUUGGCCUCACGAAUGGGCCCUCUACAUUCCAACUAACCAUGAACAGCUUGUUCCGAGAUCUACUCGACAAGUGUGUCGUCAUAUAUUUGGAUGACAUACUGAUCUUCAGCAAGACACAAGAACAACACCUCAAGGACCUCGACCAGGUUUUGCAACGGCUGCAGCAGAAUCGACUCAUCACCAAGGGCUCUGAAUGCCAGUUCCUACGAUCCGAACAUGAAGUUUUGGGACACGUCGUUGGAGCGGACGACAUAAAAAUCGACCAGAAGAAGAUCACAACCAUCCACGCCUAGAAGCCGCCAACGAAUUUACAGGA